AUGAGAAAUACUAUAUGUAUUGGUUGUAAAGAAGAAUGGAAUGGGAAAAUGCAUAUUAGUUUAUAUUGUUCAUUAGCAUUUUCAUGCGAAAAAUGUGAACAUACAAUACAAAUAAACACAUCUAAGAUGAUUCCGGACACCAAACAUCGUGAUAUCAAUAUACGUGUUCAAUUAGCUUCUUUUCUAGGUGCACAUUUGGCAGGAAUUGGCCGUGCUGGUGUAGCUAAAAUAUUUGGGGCGAUGCAUAUACCUCGACCAGUAAAAGAAGAUCACUAUGAAGAAAUUGAUAGAAAACUUCUAUUACCGUGUAUCAAAAAAUUCCAACAUCAAUCAAUGGAAGCUGCUAUUUAUGAAGCUGUUGAUGAGAACGAUGGUGAUCCAACAAGCUUAACUGUCAGUGGAGAUGGAACAUGGCAAAGACGAGGCUUCAAAAGUAUCCGUGAGGUGGCUGCUGUUCUAUCGUGCAACACAACACCGGAAGUAUUCGAUGUUCAACGUUUAUCAAAAAAAUGUGUGAUAUGCAUUGGUGAAUUGAGUGUGAAAAAUACAGAUUCAGAUUUAUAUGACGAAAUUAUUAGUAAUCAUGACUAUGAAUCAAAUUAUGAUGGUUCAUCUGGAGGUAUGGAAUCAAAAGGUAUUCAAGACAUAUUUAAACGUUCCUUUUCAAAGUAUCAAGUUCAGUACACUCGGUAUAUUGGAGAUGGAGACUUGUCGGUCAUGUGGGAUCUUACUCAACAUCCUUCAUAUCCAGGUAUCGAAAUUGAAAAGAUCGAAGACAUCAAUCAUUGA